GAAAUGGCUUAUCUUGCUGGGUCGCUCUUUGGCGUCGGUUCGGACACGACUGCUGUUGCGAUUAUGGUUGUCGUCAUGGCUUCUGCAUGCUAUCCCAAGGCUCAGGAGAAAGUGCAAGAAGAACUGGACGUCGUCAUUAGUCGUGACAGAGGUAAGUCGAAUAUCGUUAUUCAUCUGAGUGAAAUCUCAACUUUGUUACAGCUCCCACAUUCGACGACUACAACUCCCCCCGCAGAUGAAGCGUUCAUGCUGGAGUGUCUUCGCUGGAGACCCAUGACGACUCUCGGAUUCACACACCGUGCGCUGACUGAUAUCCCAUACAUACGUUUUUCAAAUACGUGUAUCCCAGAAGGUGCUAUCGUCUUUGGCAACCACUGGGCAAUCUCCCGUGACCCAAGCGUCUACCCCAACCCUGACCAGUUCGAUCCUCAGAGGUGGCUCAACACCGACGGCAAAAUCCGGGACGACCUCAAGUUCCCUUCAUUCGGUUUUGGACGCAGAAUCUGCCCAGGACAACAUAUAGCAAACCGCUCGAUCUUCAUUAACGCUGCGCUCCUCUUGUGGUCUUUCAAGAUCACGCAGGACCCUGAGAACCCAAUUGAUGAGUCGGGUUUUGUGGAUGGUGUUGUGCAUCCUAAGCCGUUUGCUGCGUGUUUUGAACCGAGGUUUGGGAAUGAGGCGGCAUUGAGGGGGUGAUGGGGAAGUAUGGCGAGGGAUUGUAGGUUCUUGAUCUUGAGCGCGGUUUAUUGUGAGCUUGGGAUGUAAUACUUUCGUUGGUAUUUUGGUGCGAGCGGCUCUUCGGCUUAAUACUGAAAUCAUAUUCAUUUU